AUGAGCAUGGAUAUUCCAGAGACCGUAUCCCUGCGCAAGUUCCGCGACUUUUCGGCGCGCCAGAAGCAGGAACUUUACGAAACACUUCUCGAACUGGCCGAAUCCAUUGAGGAGCUGCCCAAGAAGUCCCUGAGGAAAACCUUGGAACUCACUCUGGCCGUUUUGGAGUACAAAGGCGAGCAGGUUCAACGGCUGCAGGAUCAAACUGGAGGAUUAUCCUCUGACCGACGACUGCAUGAUGAAAAUGAGAAGUUGCAGCGAAUGCUGCAGAAGCUGGAGGAUGAGCGUGAUGGCCUAAAAGGCAAAACAAAGGAGUUAGGGGAGGAAAUCCGACGACUAGAACUGCGCUUGAGGGAGGCAGCCCAACAGGCAGAGGUCAGCGACAAGGACUCGUCGGAUCCUUUGUCGGAGUUGGACAAACAGGAGCAUCUGUUACAGAACAUUGACUCCAAGAACAAACACAUUAAAAGACUGCUAAAGGAAAUCGAGACUCUUCAAAACCAAAACAUAGCUCAAUCCAAGACCAUUGUACUCCACGAACGAGAACUGCAAAAUAUCAAGGCCAAUCUAGUGCAGCUAAGUCAAGACAUCACUAAAGUCGAGCAGGAGCGCAAGUCCCUAAAACAAAAGGAGCAGCAGCAAGGUCUUGAGAUUACACGACUUGAGGGUAAUGUUACCUUCCUCGAGGUGGAGCGCGAAAAGCAGGAGCUGGAAAUGCGCCAGUUCCUGGACAAGCACGAGGCCAAGUCUCUGGGAUGGAGGCAGGCUCUCGAUGAUCGGGACAAGGAGGUGGAACGUCUCAGAAAACAAUUAGAGGGCAGAAGCAUCCACUCUGUCCAGACCAAUUCUUCCAGUAGUCAGAGUCAACAGGAGGAGGAUCAUAUUAAACUAAGACAUCUCUUAGAAUCCCGGGAGCAGCGCAUCGAGAAGUUGGAGGCAAGGCUUAAAUCGAUGGCGGAGGAGAUGGUUAGCUCCACGAAGGUCAUGAACCAAUUGUGUUUGGAGAAGGAGCGUUCUCAGGAUCCCGAGCAGCCGCGUGCCUGCUGUCAGAUGAUCGAGGAACGCCUCCGAGAGGCCAAUGCCAGGAGUCAGCAGCUCUCGGAAAUGCUGGAGGCGGCUGAACAGGACAAUGUCCUCAAGUCCAAGCAGGCACUACAUGCUCUCAGUGCGCUGGAGUCCUACAAACAGGACAAAGAUGGUUUGGCCCCAGCUCUGCGACGAUGUUCCGGGCUGGAGCAGAAGCUAGCUGCCCGUGAUAAGCAGCUGAGGAGCUACAUCCAGGAACUAAACUCCCUUCAUGAAGUGGUCCAGGAGAACGAGCUGUUGCGGCGUCAACUCAACAUCCCCGAUGAUGUGGUGAUAUUGGCCAAAAACGUUCACUCCAAGCAGCGCAAUAAGGACAAGCAGAUCGAAAGACUUGCCCUUAAACUAAGGACUUCCGAGGAACUGCGUCUGCAACUGAAGUUGGACAAGAGUGAAUUGAGACGAAAGCUCAUGGAACUUCAAAAGGAUCCCACGCAGCCCGCAGCCUUGGAUGAGUCUCUGCAGCCUCCCAGCGAAGUGGGCGAGGUACCCGCCAGUGUUCCCUUGGAGAAUUCACCAAGACGAGGGCAAGGCGAUGGGGCAGCCAGCUCCGAAAUGCAGAAUCGCUACGAUGAAGUGCUGGCAGAGAACGAGACACUACGAUCUGGCAUGUACGAGAUUCUAGAGAAGCUUCGGGAAUACGAUGCCACCUCAGAGCAUAUCACCAUAGAUUCAGAUCUGCUGCGGCGCCUUAUCGAAGCUCUUCCCAGCGGGACGGCGACUCCGCAGCGCCUUCAGGGUCAACUUUUAGAGCUAAAGGCCCGGGAAGAGGCACUGCGGCAAUUGCUCCAGCAGCAGAACUGCAGUGAUUCGGAAACAGGAGAACUAUCCUCUGUCCAAAGCCUUUGCGAUGUCCCUGAGAUUGCAGAGGAACAACCCAUUGAGGAGGAUCCCGGUGUUAAUACAGCCACCAGACCAAGCUCACCCACUGAAGCAACGGAGGGUUUACAGAGACCUAUCAUACCAGAUCCCGAAGUGGAACCUAGGAACGAGGUCCAGGCAGAAUUAAACAUCCUCCGAAAACAUUACGAGGAACUGCGUCUCCAUAUGUCCGCCGAUGGCAGUGAACUAAAGAACCAAAACCAAAAACUCCAUGAUAAAGUAAUCACACUAGAAUUGCAGUUGGAAAAGCAGGGGAAUUCCUAUAGGUAUAUGCGCAGGGAUUUCGAUCAAUUGCUCACUGAGACUAGGAAAAAGGAACUAAGCUUCAUAGAGGAGAAGGCGUUACUAUCCAAGCAGUUGGAACAGCAAAAGAGUGAAUUAUUUGGAACUAAUGAGCAAUUGGAGGAGUUGAGACGUAGGAACCUUUAUACCGCGGACGAGCACCAGAAGUUGGAGCAACGUAACGCCAUUUUGAGCAUGCAACUUGGACAGGCCGUGGAGCACAUGCUGGGGGAGCUCAAGCCCUCGGAAAUAUGCGCAGAGUAUGGUAUUAUCAAGGAUAACUAUCAGUUGGAUUAUAUCACAGCCGAGGACUUUGAGAGGCAGCAGAAGGAGUUGGUAGAUUGGAGAAGCAAACAGGCGGAACUGCAGAGGGAGACCAAACAGUUGGAAGGUCUUCUCCAAGUAGCCAAUGAACAGAUUCACUCCCAGCAAAGGCUUCUCAAUGAGAUCACAGACAACCACAUCAGCUUACGGCAUUUGGUUGCCGAUCUACAGAGCAGUUCCGACGAGAAGCUAAUGUUAGCUAAAGUGCAGAGGGACUUGGAUAGUGUAAAAGCUGAGUGCUCCCGCUUGGAAACAGAGCGAGAGCAACUGCAGCAGAAAGCGGACUCCCUGCAAGCUCAACUGGAGGCCAGCGAAACCUCAUUGACGCAGGCCCAUAAGGACUUUCAGCAGGAGCGCACUAAUAGCGAUAUAAAGCACAAAUUCCUCCAGCAUUCCUUGUUUAUGCUCAAGGAUAAAUAUGCCAAAUUCACGCCUUUGGUCUUCCUUACCAACUUUGUGUUCGCCUACCAAAAGUUCCAGCGUCGGCUGGAGGAGGAGCAAGUGCAGAAGGGGCAGAGAGAUCACUCUGCCUUUAUUGAUGAAGUAACCGCAUUGGUCCAUGCCAAAAUGGCACCCAAUGAGGAGACUUCCCAGCAGCUGGUGAAGCUUAUAAAGUCUGAAACGCAAACUAGGCUCCUGGAACAGCGUUGUGAGACCAUGCAGGCAAAGCAGGAGGAGCUCCACAGGGAACUGGGUGAAUUGAAGAUGAGACAGGCCACCGACACCGAACAUUGGAACACCAUUCAGGCAUUGUUCGGAGAAGGAGCUCACAAAAUUGAACCCAAAGUGGAUGCAGAAACCAACACGGAAGCAUUAAUCACUCCUAUUCCGGCCAUUAGAAGGGCAGCACAGUUAAUUGACAGGCAAUCUUCACCCAUUGGAUCGCCUCUCCGAAAGCAUCCACAUCUGGACUCUGCCACCCAGACUCUAGAGGCUCAAGUUAAACUCUCGGAGAUGGCAGUUCAAACUAAUGGCAUACUCAGCCAGCAGAAUCAAUCCGUUCAGACAGCGGAGGCAGUGGAGGACAGCAGGAGAGAUUCCCAAGCGGAGCUACAGAAAAUGCAAGAAACCCUCCAGGAAGCAAAUCAGCGCAUCGAGGUCCUCGGCAAGCAGUUGGAGGCUUCUAGAUCGGUGAGCCGCGAGUCCGAGAGUAGUCCUCACAGUGGAGUGGUGGAAAAAACCAUACUGUCAUUCCACACACUCCUCCUGGAGAAGGAUCAGUCCAUACAGAAGUACCAGGAUCUUCUGCAGACCGAGCGAGAUCAGAAUCAGCAAGCCAUCAGUAAGCAGGCAGCUGAAAUUGAAUCCCUUAGGGCCACAGUAAACAACCUAAACUUCAACAUCAAGACCAAGGAUGCAGAAAUUGAGGAGCUCAAGUUGAAGUUGGAGCAGAAGCCCAAAACAGUUCCAGAGCAUAUAACGUCGACAGUCUCGAAUUCCAGUUCCGAGAACUCGGUUAAUGAGCUGACCGAUGAAAAGAUCGAGGAACUGUUUGAAAGCAGCUCGGUGGAGAGACCUCAAGAAGAAGUUGAAGCUCAUACCGGUCCUGAGGACCCCGAAACUGAAGAGCAGGAGUGUGAGGAGGAAAAGCAAGACACAGAGGAGCUCAAGGAAGUGUCUACGCUGCACAAGCAAAUCAAGGAUUUCAAGGAUAAGCUAGAGUACAGCGAAAAGAAUUUAAAAAGUAGAGAAGAGGAGUUGGAGAUAUUAAAGGAAAAGUUAAAACUCUGCCAAGAGCGGGAAAAAUCUGUUGAAAGCAAUCUUAAUCCAGAACUGGAUCAGCUUCGCGUCUUUCUGGAUGAGAAAGAUAAGCAUAUUAAGGAUCUGAUGGAUACUCUUAAGAACUUCCAUGACGACCAACAGCGCUAUAUCAAAGACACUUCCAAUUUCUCAGAGGAUCAGAUAGCCAAACUGGCUGCCGAUCUCAACCGAACCGAGGCCACCAACAAGAUCUAUCACACCCAAAUGGAGGCACUUCGUCGCCAGUUGACAAAUGUCACUCAGCGCGAAAAACAAGCCAGGGAUCUCAGUCAAUCAUUGCGCCAGCAGCUACUCAAACGUCCGGUGGUGUCUAUAAAGACUGAACUGAAUGCACGGGUGAAGAACGAGAACCAACAGAAGAGAAUCCAGCAGCUGGAAAUGGAUCUGGAUGAGGCACGUGGCCAGUUGCAACGACAGCAAACCCUUUUGGAGGCCAAACGCACGAGGAGUGCCAAUGAGGUCCAACUCUGGGAAAAGCAAAAAAGGUAUCAACAGCAGGCGGAGAAGACCAAGACCAGAUUAGAGGAAACUGAGCUGGCACUGGAUAAGACCCGAGCUCUCCUGCAAGCAGCACGCACCACCAUUGCCCGUUUGGAAAAGGACAAGCAAAUCCUGGAGUCCAAGCUGGGCAGGAGCGGUCCCCCGAGUAAUGGCUCUGGUGGUAACAACCUCAAAUGCUGCCGAACCCCAUCCUGUCCGAAUCUCCAGCAUGUGGGUGUCAAUAAGUUCACGCCCUCACCUUCCGAAAGUCCUGAAACUUAUACGGGUCCCAGCAGCGAGUGCAGUUCCCCAGCGCAUCAUCAUCCUCAGAUGUUUGACCAAAGUCAGGUGGACCUUAUAGAGGCCCUUAAAUCCCGCAUAGAACUACAGCAGCGCAAGAUUAUUGCCAUGGAGCUGGAGGGCAGGGGCAGCAAUGCUUUGACCACAGAGAUGGAAAAGUUGCAGGAACGAAGCCAGGCCAUUGAGGCCCAAAACAUACGACUUGAGGCCAGAAACCUCCAACUGCAGUUGGACUCAGAUCUCUUGAGGCAGGGAGACAGUAGCGAUCGCCUGCAGAAGAGGAUCAAGCACUUGGAGGACUACAUCAUCGCCCUGAAGGAGGAGAUGGCUCGCAAUGAAUCGCGUCGAGAAUUGUGCAAGUGCAGUGGCCUUAAAAUGAACACCAAUCAGGGUCAAUCGGCGGAACAGACAAUUUUGUCCCUGCGCAAUCUCGUAGAGAAGUUGCGUUCCGAGAAUAAGUUUCUGAAGGACGGUCGACGUUCCACAGAGUCCAGAAGCUCUACGGAUUCCACACCGGCAGAUGCCACGCGAUUGCAGCAGCAAAAUGCAGAGGCUCUGGAGAAGAUUAGCGCUCUACAGCAGGAGCUGCAAAAGCGAACCAAGUGUAGCCAAUGCGGCGGACGUAGUAAGGACGCUGCCAACGAGGAGCUUAAGUUCAUCAAGGAGCAAUUACUGAAAAAGACGCAACUCCUGCAGAAGGCGAAAGUCCUUUUGACCCGAGCUGCCGCUAAAGAAAAAGUAUUGAGGGAACAACUUGCCUUAUGGAAACGAAAGUGCUCUGAACUGCAAAAUGUGCCCGUGAUCGAUGAAAUUAGUGAAUAA